AUGGGAAGACAUACUUCUGGGUCUUUGGUUUGUGUGGAGAAGGCUGAAGCCCUAGUGGACACAGAUACUAGCUUUCCACGUAAGGUGAUAAUAAAGGAUGAUUGCUUGUUUAUUCAAAUAGUGUUACAACUGAUGGUUAGUGAGGCUGAAAAGUGAGUUAACAGAAAAUCUCAUUGCACUGACGCAAAGGAAAUCAGUUGUGAUCUCCACCUUGGACAACUAUUUUUCACGGGGCAGAGACCCAGGGAUGACCCGCUUAAACAUAAGGAGGUUCUUCAUCAACCAACAGACAAAGAUUUAUGUCGUUUGUCUCAUAUUCUGUUAAGGUACAAGUAUGUGGCAUGCAUCUUGGAAUUGGGAUGUGUAUUGCUGUUGGGUUUGGCGUGGAUCUUCUUUUCUUGCAUUUUCCUGAGUAAGAAAUUUUAAACUGUUCAAUCUUGAUCAUUAUCCAACUUUUUUUCCCUUAACCAUGGGCUUAGGGAGAUUCAGGAAGUAGAAUUUCUAAGAUGAAAAGAGAAGGAGAUUUGUACUGUUCUAUUCCAUGGCUAUAGAUAAGUGGAAUGUCGAAAAAAAGGUCAUUUGGGGGAGCUGAAAAGUGAUCCACUGAAGGGUACAUGCAUAUUCACCCAGUGGUGUAUGCUGUCAAGCUGGAGGGUGUUUACUCCAUUAGAGUGAAAUAUAUUGGCAAUUGUUCCCGAUGGCACAGUUUAUUCUCUACCUGUCAAGGGCACAUUUGAAGAGAGUAUCAAAAGUUGAUGUAACCUGGCCAUCUUCUAUUUCUGCCGCCUCAUGAGGAAGAAAAUUGAACGAAAAAAUGUUAAAUAAAGUGAGUUUUUUUUUAAUUGCUGACAGUAGAAGGUGUUUCAACUUGUAGCUUUUCACGUCUUUCUGCGAGGAAAGAAAAUCCGGUCUUCAGAAGUAACAUUUGGAUAGUUGUUGUCAAGCAAUCUUACAUAUGACUACUUUUGUUUAACAGUGUAAACUGGUUGUUGUCUUUUAUGAUUAUUGUGCUCUUGCAGAGUUAGAGAUUCUUUAAAUUAUUUUUAUUUGGAUUUUGAAAACCCGAAAUAAUUCUUUCAUGUUUGUUUGAAGAUUUUUUUUUUUUUUUGAAGUAGGGCUUUAAUGCACACGCUUUAUGUGCCAGGAUGGUGUUCUUAUGCAGUAUCAACUGGACAAAAUCCUGGAAAAUGAGAGUGGACGACAGUUGCUGGCAGAAGCAUUGACCUUUUUUGGCUUUUUGUUACUGCUAAUGGAGCACCGAAUGAGUGGAGUCUUACGGGAGAAACUGCUUGUGGCACAUUUACGCUUUGACCAUUGUUCUGAUAGACUAAAUCUCGAAAAUCUAUGCAAGCUUUGUCGCUUGCAUCCUUUCUCAAGUAGCCCGCCUUGUCAAGAUGACUUAGUCUCUUUCAUGAUUGUAGUACACAGUCCUGAGGACCUCUUUGCUAGGUUCCCCUUUCCGAAAACAAUUGUGGAUGCUAUCAUUUGUCAUAUAAGGGACGGUGAUCUAUACAGAUGCCUUCGGCAUUAUCCUGAUCCACAACACCGAACUGUGGCACUGUCACCACAGGCUGGAUAUUUGUACGUACUGUUGCUCUACUCUCCAGAAUCCCUCCAAAAUGGCUUUUUGAUGCGAGAGAUUGUAGAUCGAUUCUUCAGGGAUUGCUGGGUGUGCCCCAUCUUUUUGUAUUUUAGUGUUGACUUGUCAGUCUCUUGGGAUGCGCAUAGAGAAGCAAAAAUGGCCUUGUCGUCCUAUCUGUCCUCAACGUUUGUUUCCGACCGGACCCAGCUCAGUUGUACAAAGGUUAGUGUGUCUAUGAUGUAAAAACUAAUCUGCUUGGAAGCAGGGAAUUGUUAAUAUCUAUGAAGGUUUUAAAAAACGUGUCAAGAGCAUGAUUGAUUUUGUUAUCGAUAUAUAUGAGCAGCUGGCUCUAACACCUUUUCCUGGUGUCCCCUAGAUAUUGUUUUGACCCAAUGGUUAUUCACCUUUGUCUUUCGCUUUCAAUUCUUACCAACUCGUCAAUUAGAUGAACUGUUACAUCUCAAUUGCUUCUUUCAUGUGGACCUUCGCAUUUAUCUGGAUAUAUGUCUUCUAUCCUCAUUGAAAUAUUAGUGCAACAUUGUUUGCAUGCCCAUGGCAUCCUCUUAUCAAGCUCAUUUAUUUGUGGGGCAUCAGUUCGUUCUACAGGUUCGAUAAUGCUGCUGACCCAUGCCCUUGGCUAUCACGUCGUAGUAACAUGGAAAGUAAUUGUGCUAAAUGAUUGCUUAAAAUAGGUAAAGAGAAAAUGAAUUUUUUUUUUUUCAAAAAAUUGUUCUCUGAAGCUUUUUCAAGUUAGAUUUUGGAAUGUUUCUGUGAAUAGUUAGCAGUAUAUAGUCUGAUGAGGAAUUGAAUUUGAAAAGUUAAAUCCUGGUCGUACAUUCUAUCUUCAGUUUAAUUUUUUCCAUGAAUUGUUGUUGGAUCCUUGAAUGGAAAAGAAAAUUUGGGGAAUGAUGAUUCACUGGGACAAAUUGUCAUUAUUGGCUGGAUAGAUAGGGGAAGAAAUUUAGUGUAAUUAUUUUUUAAAAUGUACGAAAAAAAACAGAUCUUUUUUUAUUGGUGUUAGAAGACAGUAACGAUAGCCAGUAAUAAUAGGCUUUAGUGAAUUUCUGGGACAACAUUGGAUUAGCUGAUGAGGCUGAACCAGAUCAGCAAUGUGUCUAUGUCCAAGACAGAAAUAAACCAAUAAUCAUACAUGUUAUAUACUGCCAGCUACCACCCACUUUUGAAAACAGUGUUAUCGACUAUCAGAAUCAAUUAAUGGUGAAUCUUCGUGCCUAGUGUGAGAGAGGAUGAAGAAAUGUGUGGUUAGUAGUGAAUUACAUAGAAUAAUCAUUUUUCUCUGUAUUUAUUGUUACAUGUUUUUUGUCCUUUGUGAAUUAUUUUGUGGCUACAGAAAUUAUAUUGAAUUUAGUCAUCAUUGAUACCGCAGGUUAAAGAAGCCCUAUCUGAGUUAGAUUCGGUUCUCUCAGACGGUGUUCUUACAAAGAAUUAUGUAUUAGAGAACUCACAUCAUCUUAUUUCCUUGGUCAGAACAUGCAACGUCUUCAUGCGCUGGAUUUUGCUCCAUAAAUCUGUUAGUUCAUUUCCAAGCACGUAUUCGUUUCUCCUUUGAGAUGUUGAAUUUUUUGAUACUUGUUAUCACUCUUUGAAUAGUUAGAUGCAGCAUGCCAUGGUACAUAAAGUUGUUUUUUAUUCAUGGAAAUCACAAUCAUUGUUGCACAGACAAGGCAGAAGAUAAACAAUUGAAGUUGUUUGAUAUCCGAAAGUUGCUAUAUAUGAAUGGGAGGAUUAGUUCCAAGUAAUAACUUGGACUUGUGGUUGGACGCAAUUAACCCAAAAAUGUUAAAGGUUAUUGGUGUAACUUAUACAAGUCUCAUCAGUCAGUCAGAAACUCAAACACCAUUUUAGUUUAUUAGUUUAAAUCCUAUCUUUUGAAGCUAAUAGCUAUAUUAUCAUGGUUUUAUAGUUUUAGGUCUAGAUCUUCAUGUUCAGGGUUAUAUUAACUUUUAAAAGUUAGAGUCACGUAUUUUUUGGGCUUUAAGAUAUUCAUAACUUAUAGAAUUUGUACAACACAGAAAUUAGUUUGGAAAAGUUACAUGUCAUUGGAAAGUGCAUAGUCUUUUCCUAUAAGUAUGGUUCUUUAUUAAAAAGAAAGAAUAUGUGUUCCCUUUUUAAAUAACACAACCCAAGCACAAGAUGAUAAGCACCACCAGGAAGAACAAGAGGCCUGUGUACCCAUUGUGGGGCAGUGAUGUUAGUCACCAAUAGAUUACAACCUCAGGAGAGAAAAUGAGACAAUGAAAAUUUGGUGGUUUCACAGCAUUGAUUGAUUUCACCGACUCUGGUAUUUCUCCCAUGGUUUGGUGUUGAGGUUUUGUUCAAUGCCAACUUGCUUGAUAAAAAUUGACAGCUUUAGGAGACAAGAGCCUUCAAAGAUUAUAUUAACAAUUUGGUCCUUAGAACGUAACCAGAUAAGAAGGUAAGCCGCAUGUUUUUUGCAUCACUGAUGAGUAGAAACAUUGACCACAAAAUGCCCUGUUCAUCCACAGAGAAUAGGAUGUUCAGGAAUCUUAUGUCUGCUGGUUGUAUUAGUCUGGGAAAUCCCCUGAAGUCAUUGGUUCUUACAUAUUGUAGAAGAUCUCUGUUGAACCUUAUCAAGAGGAUUCGAGACUCAGUCUUGCCUUAUUUUUGCAUAUCAUCUGACAAAGAGUACAUUGAUAUUUAAAAUAUUAAACCAUUCAUGCGUAGGCCUGUAAUGAUAAUGCUUGUUUACUGAAACCAGAAAAUAUAGCCUUAUGUCUUGUUUACUGAUCCUAGUAUUGGACUGGAAAUUGACGUGUAAGCAUCCGUAAUCGCUUGUUGAAGACGAACAAGUUUUGAUUGUUCUUGCUGAUCUUCUCUUGCUCCUGUAUUUUCUAACCUUGCAACCCCUGACGAAGCUGUUGUCUGCCAUGAUUUACUUGUUGGACUGUUUCACUUGCAGAGUAUUGACAAGAAGCUGAGGGAUAUAGUUACAUCCGUUUUAUCUGCUCACCAGAUUGGGGAUGAAACUCUCUUAUUGCUGCUACUGAAGAUAAGCCGAGUAUGCCUAUAUUCAUCCAUGUUUUUUUAAAUAACGUUUCAAGAUAAAUGUUUGUUUAAUUUUUGACAUAUGUAAUCCCUGAAAUGAUUUUUUUACAUUUUCAAGCUUGAGUUCGAGAUGAAGUGUUUCUACUCGAAACUUCUAGAAGGGAGAGAAGCCUCAUGGCAUGACAGUAAGCAUUGUGCUUCAGAUCGUAUGAAAGAAAUAUCUCAUUUCUUUUCUGGGUCUUGGGUAAGAAAUUUAUUCCAUAAUUUUAUUAUCUAUAUUCGUUGACUAGAUAUUUUUAAUUCUUGGUUUGCCUAUUUGAAAGCCCCCUUUCUAUUCAAUCGUGGACUGAGUUUGUCAGGCUCAAUGAUCCAAUGUCAAGUCGCAAGUUAGAUGGAACACACAUAGAUUAUACAAGCCCGGUCUGUUGUUUUGAUCUUGUGAUAUGACACUGUGUUCACGAUAUUGCAUGUUUAGUUGAGCCUUAAAUUUCAGUGUAAGACAAUGGCUAUUAAAUUUUGAAAGUUACAGCCGACCAUUGGACAUGUCAAUACUUUUGUGUAUGCGUUGAAUGUUUAUCCAAUCUAACUACCAGUUAUCUUUUCACUGGAUGAAAAGUUAACUUAAGGAGUAAGGCCGCUUGAGGCAAGGAGUUCUUUGUUCAGGCAGCCGUUGUGAAAUCUCAUCUUGAAUAAAUAUAUUUUGCCCUGGUUUUUUGUGACUUAUCUUAGCGACUGAUUGUUCAUAUUUUUCCAAGGUUUUAUAUCAUAAAAUUGUUUAUGUUGUAGAAAACGUCUCAAAGAAGAUAUUUUAUACAGCUAUAGCUAAUGUUGUCAUUGAUCUUCGUAGCUAUUCCUUUUGUAAUACGUAUUUUUGAUUUUUAAUGUUAUUCUAGGCCUCAUCAUACAAGAUGAAGAGUGAAAGCUUGAAAAUAUGGUUUGGGAAAUUGCUUUUAGAGGUCAGUCUUAAAUCUGAUGGAUUAUCUUGUUUAGCAAAUCACUGUCAUUAAGAUUUUACGGAAUUUUUUUAUAUUCUAAAAGAUGUCUGAUUUGUUCUUCAUUGUUUAUAUUUCUAAAAGAAAAAUGUUGAACCUAACCAGCUGAGUUGAUUACUAAUAUUAUUUGAACUUGGAUUAACUAGUGUUGAACUAGUUUUUAAGUUUGUACACCUGUUGUCUGUGUAUUUUGUAAUGCAUUGAUAUAUAUAUUGUUGGUUAGUUAGUUAAUGGAAUUUUAUACUCUGUUAUAAGAGAGACAUUUUACUGCUAUAAAGACAGGAUUAUUGCUGAUAAAAUCUUAAUCGGUUGGCUUUGAUGCAAUCUAGAAGGAAAUAACUUUUAUAUUAGCUCGGCAAGGAUACCUUUUGUCCUUUUGAUGCUUUUUAGUUUCUCUCUCUCUCCCUCUCUCUCUCUCUCUCCCCCCCUCUCUCUCCCUCUCUCUCCCUCCCUCCCCAUUUGUUUAUAUCCUGGUAAUGUUGAAGUACUUAUGUCAAGUGCUUGUUGAACUCUCAUUGCCUCAGUGACUAGUUAGCAAAGUAGUUCAAUUUUGCCUAGGAUACCUGCAGUUUUGACCCCAGUUGAUUGUAUGCUAUCUCAAAUGUUUUAUAGAAAUCAGGAAGCUACAUGACUUGAACUUUGUCAAUACUUUCCUUGGUCUCGUUGAAUGAAUGACCUGCCAACAUAUAGUCGCUAAAUUUCUUCGAUUGAAUUCAUUGGGAAUGACAUUUUGUGACAGGUUCAGUCAUUAGACUAUUCAAGGGCCAGAAACUCAGAAAAGAAACUUUAUCAUAUAUUAUCGGCUCUGAAAGAUGUUGAACAAGUUCAUCAGGUAUGAUCACCAACCUUUGGCUUUAUUCAUCAUUUAUUAGUGUUCUUCUCUUUUGGUUGUUCAUGCCUCAAAUUAAAAUGCUCUUGAUUCCGUUUGCAUCGGUCAUAGAAUAUAAUGGUUUAAAUCAUUAUCAUUGUUUUUUUUUUGAGGUCGAUGCUUAUUAGUUUCGUGCUAAGUGCUAUUGAUGUGAUCGUUUCGAAAGUCAAACGUCUUUGUUCUAUUCCUAAAUCUCUCUGUUUAGCAAAACUUUUCUAAAUCAAAACAAAAAGAAGCUGUGCUUAGUUUUUUCUCAUUUCUGAUUUUUUUUGGUGAGAGGACUGGUUUGUCUACGUACUCUGUAGUGUUAUUAUUUCCCUGUGUCAGCAGUUCACGGGCAAACAUAAACCUGUUGGGCUUGUUUAGCAGUGGAAUGCACAGUAGACACUUUGAAGAGGGGAAACCUGACGGAAAAUGCCUUCAGCAUAAACUAGAUUAUUUGUCUCCUUAGAAAACUCCUUUCUUGAUACUGGGAUUUUCAUAUUCGGUUUCCCCUUUUCGUAUUUACUCACAUAUUCCUAUUUUUGACCGGCACAAAAGUGCCCUCUUUCGCUUUAUUUUCGGCUUGGCAUUGCUGUUUUACAAUCUGCAUUUAAUUCUGUUGUGUUUUUCUACUCUUUUUCAUUCCACACGUGCUAAAAAAUAGGGAAUGCUCUCUGUGCAUCUUCUUUCUUCAAAUGUUACAGAAACAAUCUCUGUUUGUACUCCCAUUCUAUUUUUUUCUUCUCGUGCUUUGAUGACUAUUCUCCUUGGAAAAUUGCGUGAAACCUCCUUUCUAUUUGAUUAAAAGACAAGUGCGUAGUGAUAAAUAUUUUUGAAAAGGAUAUAUGCUUGAAAUUUUAUUUUUCUUUAGUUUUAUCUCUUCUUCUAAGUCGUUCUUGCUUCUUCAAAACUAAGCAUCUAGUCCUUUUUUUUGUUCUUCUUAUGCUACUCUUUCAAUGAGUUAACGUGUUUCAGGUUGAGGAAAAUCAGCCAAUCAGAAGAACCAUAUCUGAAAUUCAGCAGUACCUACAGGAUAUGCUUAAAGCUUUGAAUGUUGGUGAUGACACGUUGUGUACAUUCUCCACGGUAUGUUUAAAAUCUUGGUCCUAAGUAUACCCUAGUGCUAUUUUUAUUAAUAAGUAUCAGAGCGAAAUUAUGCACCUGAGGCCCUGGAUAAGUUUUGAGUAAAAAAAGAUGACCAAGAGGGACUAGAGGGGCUUUAUUUAGCAUUGAUAGCUACAUUUAAAAAUAUCAUUUUUUAGUGAUAUUCUAUAAUGUCUUUAGAGUAUGCUGUGAUAAUAUAUUUGACUUUCCCAGUGUCUGUGGAAGUCAUCCAAUUAUUUAGGUUGAGUCAUAGGCUGUCACAUGUAUGAUUCCACCUUUCUUCACUUAAGCUCAGGAUUUAGAUGUUGAUGUUCCUUUAUUUAUACCCGCCUAUGCAGUUCACCUUCUCUAUUUCAACACCUCUCAAGUGUUUUUCUUUGACGACUGUUGCGUAUUUCUCUAGGGGUAGAUCAGCCAUUAUUACAUACUUCUUCUUUGUGGAUGCAAGGAAUACUGGAUGGAGAAAGUUGAUUAUUUCUUUAAACAGCUUUGAAACACUUUUGCGAGCAACAAUUCAUUCACCUUGAUAUUAGCAUAGGGUUAUUGGGUUACUGUGAAGGGCAGACACGCAAAAGGCCUCAAAGUCAUAUCCAAGUUUUCUCAAGAAUGAAUCUGAUUUUUUGUAAGUUUAGUAUAAUUAUUUACAACUCAAGACUACCAGUUUCUUGAGAUUCAUGUGACCUCAUUUACUACUCAUUGUAAAACUCUUACACUUUGAAGAAGAGGCGGGAUUCAUGUUUAGACAAAAGGAUCAGCAGGAUACUAUUAAGCUUAGAUACCACGCCAUAUGGAGUGAUGGUGAUGGCAUGACAGAGCAAUUCCCAUCCAAGCCAUUGGCUGUCAUGUGCUGUAAUGAAGGGAAGGGAGAGCUUGCCCAGAACUUGUCUUCUAGAUGAAGAAAAACAAUGUCAGCAGCGACAAUAGGAGGAUUCGAGUAGUUUUUCAUCUAAUUUAAACCGAUGACAAUAAUUGUGUUCAUAAAAAUGUAAAUUUUCAAUCAUUCCUUUUACACAAUGGAAAGAGGUUUGCAAAUUGGAAGAGAAACAGAGAGUCAGGAAGGAAUUGAAGAGAAAUCCCAUGUAUGGCAUUUCUUUGACAACUAUCCUUGCCUUCGUAAAAAGAAAACACGUGUAUGAUAUUAUUACAAUAUUCGAAGAGGAGUUUCUUGCAUUUUCUUGCACUUAAUUUUGGGGCUGUUCUACCUUUGAAAAUUUUCUUUGUUGAUUUAUGUUACUAUUACUGAACUUUAAAUUUUUACGCUUUAUGUUUUCCAAAAUAUUUGAUUCUUUCCUUUUCAAUAUUUUUUGAAGUUGAUUUACUCUUCCAUGUUGCAGAUCACUGGAUCUAUCUACGCCUGGAGUUUUAUUGAAAAAUUCUUUGCAUUGCUAAGAAAGAAGAUAGAGCAAGAUUCAUUAGUUGUACUCAAUUUGCAUUACUUUUUCCUUAAAUUUUCUCCUCUACUGGAUGCACCAAUGUCCCGAAUCUCACGAAGUAAAAGGUCUCUUUCAAACCAAUACACCUUUAAAACCUCAGAGACAUUAUUUUGUUCCUUUUAAAUUGUGUUUCACCAUGUCUUACUAUAGAUAAUUCACUGCCAAUACCUUCUUUAGUUAAUGAAGUUCCUUUCUAAAAAUGGAUAGCGCCAUAGAUCGUUGAGAAAGGAUAAGAGUGCAAUGCAUAUUGUAUGACUUCUUGAAAUGUCCAGAAUCUACAAAUGUAGGCAGAAGAUGCCUUAAUGUCCUUCAUACUUUCAAGAAAAUGCUGCCAUAUAAUUCAAUGAUUCAUUACACGUAGUUUUUAGGAAGCAUCCCAUUAGUUGUUUUUGUGAACUUUCUAAGAUGUUUUUUCCUUUCUCUGUUUCUUUUCACUGUAUUUGCGUCCUUCUCUGUCAUUCCCUAUGUUAAAUGGAUCCAUUAGAUUGUUAACAGAUCCACUUAAAGACUAAUAUAAUGGGCCUAGCCCAUUAACUCAUGUAACCCAUACUUAAGCUGGAAACCAUGAUAAUUGACUUAUAAAUUUGGGAUUGCGCAAACUCUGCUUCAAGAAGUGGUGACUGAUUCAUCUUCUUGGAGGAGGAGGAUAGUGAAGAUCAACUCCUUUCAUUCUCCAAGUUGCAAGAAUCUCAAUCAAGAUCAAUUCUUAACAUGGUAUCAGAGCGGUGAUGAUUCUGGUGGGAUCAGAUACUUCUUUUUCUUGAAUCUUGUCUUUCUUAUUUUUGUGGAAGAAAAAAACCUUCUGCAAGUAGUGAAUUGAAGCAUUCUGAAAAGUACGAAGGAAAAAAGACUUUUAGAAUGCAUUCAGGGGAAGGGUCUUUGUCAUCCAUGGAACUUGUAUCAUCUCCAGUGACGAUUGGAGAAAGGGAGAGACUAUAUCUUACUCUCCCAAAUAUUCCAGAGAAAGUUAGAUUUAAUGGGAUAAAUCUUCAUCAAUGGGAGCAGUUCGUUGAUCUGAUGCUUCUUGGAAGAGGCUUAACAGAUCACCUUAUAGAAGAAUCAUUUAAGAAAUCAGAUCCAAAAUAUAGAAGAUGGAAAUCAGAAGAGGCUAUUAUUCAUACGCGGCUGCUAAGUACAAUGACACUAGAGAUGUGUGAGAAUUUCCUAUUCAUGCACUCAGUGAAGGAAUUGUGAGAUCAAAUUCACAGAAGCUGCUUGAAGAAACACAAUUGGAGAAUUUAUGGCCUGGUGGCUAAGGCAACACAUUUAGUACAAGGAAGUAAAUCAAUUAUGGAAUAUUCGUGUGAAUUAAAGACUAUAUGGAGGGAAAUUAACCAUUAUUGCUCAAUAAAGAAUCCUAGUUCUGAGGAGCGCAUAUAUACAUUAAAAUACAGAAUGUAUACAUUUUUAAUGGAACUGAACUCUGAUUAUGCAGGCCUCAAGGGUCAAAUUCCCCAUCGUGAGAAGGUAACUGAUCUAGAUGAAGGUAUCCAGAUUGCUAUGGAAGAGGAGAGUAGAUUGAGUCUAGUCAAUACUGAGAAGAAUGAGUCAACAGCCUUUGCCUCUUGCUUGGGGAAUUAAUUAGAGAAAAAGCAAGGAAAUAAAACCUCAAUCACUGCAUCACAAAGAAGAUACCAGAAAUGGGAAAAUAAAGAAAACUUUUGGUGUUCAUAUUGCAAGAAGAAGCGUCAUACAGGAGAAAACUGUUGGAAGCUACAUGGACAACCACCUCAACAGGGGAGGGCGUAUGUGGCAACUUCUCAACCAGCAGAGACUAUAGAAGGUCAGUCUGUGAUGAAGAACCCUCCCAAUCUUAGUAAUCAGCAGAAGGGUGAUGAAUUUGAAAGACUGAGGGAGGAAGUAGAGACACUCAAUAAUAUGUUGAGCUCUAAGUCCUUGGUUCAGUCAGGUGAGAAUAAACUUUUUUCAAAAUCAUAUGCAUUCAACUGGGAAGAGGAUGAUCGUGCACUGAUGUCUGUAGAGCAGUAACCUUGGAGUGGAGUCAAUGAACACAAAAAGAAUACCAUACUAUUACAACAUUGCCGUGUUGGAUAUUCUUCCUUUGAUCUCCUAAAAACAUGGUUUCCUUCUAUGUUUGAAGGUGUUGAUUUUAAAACUCUAGUGUGUGACACUUGCCAAUUGGCCCAAGAGAUAUGUGAAGGCUUAUGGAUUCAAGGUUUACUAGAUGAAUUGAGAGUCAACCAAUCAAAUCAUAUGAAACUGUUUUGUGACAACAAGUCAGCAAUAGUUAUUAUAUGAAAUCCUGUGCAACAUGACAGGACUAAACAUAUUGAGGUUGAUCGGCAUUUUAUCAAAGAAAACGUAGGAACAGGAGAUGUAGAUCUGAUAUAUGUUGGGACAUCAGAACAGGUUGCUGACAUGUUCACAAAAGGAGUCACAAGACUAGUAUUUCAAAGGAUGGUGUAUAAGUUGGGCAUGGAAAACAUCCAUACUCAACUUGAGAGGGGGUGUUGAACUUUCUCGGAUUGUUUUUCCUUUCUAUCUAUUUCUUUUCACUGCAUUUUCGUCCUUUGUCAUUCCCUAUGUUAAGUGGAUCCAUUAGACUGUUAACAGAUCCACUUAAAGACUAAUAUAAUGGGCCUGUCCCAUUAACUCAUGUAACCCGUACUAAAGCGGGAAACCAUGAUAAGUGACUUACGAAUUUUGGAUUGCGGAAACUCUGCUCCAAGAAGUGGUGACUAAUUCAUCUUCCUGGAAGAGGAGGAUCGUGAAGAUCAACUCCUUUCAUUCUCCAAGUUGCAAGAAUCUCAAUCAAGAUCAAUUCUCAACAGUUUUAGUUGACACUGAUUGCACUGAAUGGUCUACCAUAAUAAAGAUCAUCCACUGCAUUGGUGUAGAGUGGGGUAUUGAAUUUUUGAGAUAAGAAUCUAUCAGUUAAAUGUAUAAAGUGAAAAAUGAAAGUAAAGCACCUUUCCCUCAACCUAUUGACAUAAGUUGAUGGGUAAGCGAGCUUUACAAUAUGGCAAAAAUUAAUUUUUGUCAACGAGGGAAUUUGAGGAGCUGUUUUCGUUCUGAUGAUUCUGUGCUCGAUUGAGACCUUAUUUCUCUCACAUAGAUGACGCCACAUUUUGUGAACUUCUUAGCCUUCCAGUUACUCUCCAAAUUUGACCUUUUAUCUUCAGCCGCAGGCCUUUUACUUAUAGACCAUAUGAUGGUGAUCUACAGUUGAACUUUCGAUGUGUGAGGGCUCUCACCAACUAUCAAAAUAUGAAAGAGGGAAGAAAGUAUCCUUGGAAGCUUCACAUGGAGCUGACGACUUCAGAGUCACUAUGCCUGUCGAUAUUUGAUUGGAAUAUGUAUCUAUAACUUAAUUCAAUUCAGUCAUCUCACUUGUAGAAUGACUGUACACACACCUAUGGAAGAGUAUUAUCCAGGAGGGAAGAGGGAGAUUGAAGGUAGACUCUGCCAGUCACACCUUUUGUUAAAGCGGGAAUAAUUGUAAUGCGAGAGCAAUUGGCUCUACGUCACUUCAAAAAAUUAUUUUGCUUGCUAAAUGGUAUGCCCAUUCUGACAAAGUUUGGUGAGAGUAAUAUUAAAGCAUAUGAAGGAUGUUGUGGCAUAUCUGCUAAAGGGAAAAUAAUUUAAAUCUUAAUUUUUUUUCUUUAUGUGGCAACAGUUAUGGUCUUUUGACCUUAUUUAUCAUAUUGUCUAGUAAAUUUUCAGUAUUCUUUCUUUGAUUGACUAUGCAUAGUUUGUGAGCUUCUUUGACAACUUUACUUAUUUUACUUAGUGAUAAUUUAUGAAUUUAAAUAAAGCCUUUGUAUCAUCCAAGUAAUAUGUAAGAUAAUAUAAAAGAUGUUUUGAUAUAUAUCUCAAGCAUUGACACAUUUUUUCUUUAUCCAAUUUCCUCAAUGAAAUGCAUAAUUAUUUUUUUUCCGUAGAUGAUAUUUUAAUCUCAUUUCCAGUUCACGCUUAUACUUAUGUAUCCAUUUUUCGCUAUUCCACCAUUUCAAUUUACAGUUCAUAUUUGCAAAAUCGUCCAAGUCAUUACGCCUUGGAAUAUGUAUCUCGUGUUCGUUCAAUCUUAAACUUUCUACCGGUGAGUCUAUUAUUUUUUUAGACUGUUUUCAAGAUCAUAUAUUUCUCUUAAAUUUGAUUAUAUUUUUUGUACUUGCUAAUCAUUUUAUUAAACAUGUCAAAUAUUUACAUGACAACUUCUUCCCAUUUAUUGAUUCGGUCCUGUCACCUUCUAUUAAAUGAAGGUAUUGCUAACAUUUUUUCACCAUAUUGUGGUAUAUCUCGGAAUAGGUUCAGUUUUAUUUAUAAAAGACUCACGUGGCAAUAUUUUGAAUUCACUUGAUGCCUUUAGAAAGAGAAAAAAAAAUCCUUGUGUAUACUCUCCUAUUAAUGCAUUUUCAUGGUUUUUUAAAAGUACGUGUUGAGCCUGACAUUGAUUUGAAUAAGUCGCAAUGUUGUGGGUUUUAGGACAAAAUAUUCUAAAAAUAAAACAAUGACGAUAAGUUGAUCCAAUAAAAGCUACCUGGUCAGCAAUUGAAAAAGUAAAAUGCUAUAUAUAAAGGAUCAAUUUAGAGUCCAAAUGUUGACUCCCGCUGAUCAAGUGUCUGCAAUUCACAAACUAUGGAUCGACAUGUUACUGCUCAAGUAGCGACUAAAAUUAUGGUCAACUCAAACCCUCUGUCAAAUAAUAUGGGUUAACCAUCCAAUGCUAAAUAUCUGUGCUUACUACGUAGGAAGCUAGCUUUAUUAUUCAUCUACCUCUAAAUCCUCAUCUAAUUGCAUUACUCCUACGAAGACUUCAAUCCAUGACUUUGAGAUGGACAUAAAGAUAGUUAAAUUUGGGUCUCCACUCUUCUUAAUUUGAUUUAUAUUCAUCAAAAAAAGAUUUUUGUUUUACCCUCUGAUUGAAAUGUACAUAAAAUCCUCUCGUAUUAAAGCCUGCAUGCCUGUCUAGAUUUAGUUUUGUGGGAAAACGUUUUAUUAUGAAUUAGUUUCUGUUGGUCGGUUUCCUAGUUGGUCAGUUUCCUUAGCCUAGGUGGUUUUCUUUUUUUGUGGCCAGGGUAAUUGCAUAUAACUUGCCACUGUUCUAUGAUCUGAGGAGUAGAGAUUUUUCCCGACUUCUUUUGUUGUAUGGUUUCGGUCAUUAUCUAGAUAUUGGGACAAGCCUCAGACGUGAAGUUGAUUUUACAUCAAGUACUUGAGUACGGGAUUGAAGCCUCUGGCAUGCCUCACCCCAAAACUAAUUUGAGAAAAAUGGAGGAUCUCUUCUCCUAGUAAUCUAGAUAGGUAUAGUUUUCCUAUCCCACUUCUUGCUCUUUUACCUUCUCUCAAGAGACCUCUGGUUGUAUGUAAUCGGGGUAUUAUUUUUUUAUUAUAUCUUCUAUUUAGGAUCUUUAACUUCUUAUUAGAGGGUCAACCAAAUACCUCAUCGACGCUGAACCUAGAUUAUGACAUGUAAUUUUGUUAGGUUCGACCUCUAUCCCAAUGGAAUACUAUUGAAAAAGUCAAUCUUUGAAAUUUGCACAGAGAAAGUGUAAAAAUAAUCUAUGAACGGACUUGGCUUUGAUUUUCCAAAAAAUAAUUUCUAAAGCAUAAAAUAAUUUAUGUUUGUUUUGUACACUAGUGUUAUGGGGUGCCAAAUAUUUCUAAAGUCUCUACUAUUAAUUAAUGGAAUUUAACAUAGUCAUGCUUGCAACACGUUAGACCAAAACAUUGACUGUUAUAGUUUGACCCUGGAAAAACACAUCGUGACUUCUGAACUGGCAUUCUAUGUUUUGGAAACAGCUAUGGAAGAAAGAAAGGGUCUACAAAUAUUUAAGUUAGAGAACCAGAAUGAUAUGCGAUUUUGUCUGUCAAAUAAAUAUUUGUUUCUUCAAAGAUAGAAUUACCAGAGAUGGAAUUGAUUAUGUGAAUUUCAACUUUCAUUUCUCUUUGACGAAAUACGUGUCAAUUCUUCAAAUUAAGUAUUUUCUAUUUGAUGUGAUUUUGAAUUUUCAACAGGAUGAUUUAGUAAGUUUCAUCUUUUGUCCCCUUGAUCAGUCAGCAAUUUGAUCAUUGCAUCAUCAUGGUUUUGAAGGAGAAAAUCAUUCUAUUAUUCCCUUUGUUAAAUGUAGGUGAUGAUUUUUAGAAUAUUCAAUGAGGAUACUUUGCACGAUUUACAGCCUUUAAAUCUUCCAAGUUGUGUCGAAAUUGCAAAUCUCAAAGAUCUCGUACAGGUAUCACCUUCUUCAUGUUCUUCUUAUCAAUCUAUUUUUUUUUUCGCCAUCAUCACUAACAGCUUAGUUCAUAACUUGACAGUGACAACAACUUAUUUUUACUUCACAGUAUGUUUUUUGUUGUAACCGAGUGGUAAUAUGGUUUAGACUCCCUCCAGCUGCCAAGAGAAGGCUUGACGGAGAGAAAAGAGAAUGAACUGGGAAGAUAUUCAGGUCGAUCAGAAAAUAAACAGGGUUCCAUAGAACCCUAAUAGAACCUGGGAAGUAGUUCGAGAAGCUUCGCGUCCGUUCCCUAGCUCAACCGAGCCUAGGGUCCUGUUCUCCCAAAAGAUAUCCCUCUCGUUUGUUCGAGGGGGAAUUAAUACCGUACCCUUACGCCUAUUUGCCCAUCUAGCCUCUUACUUCCCUACCCCUCUGUACUCUGUUUUUGUAUUCGACUGUCUUCAUCGGAGCCUUAUCAUAAUAUUGCACGGUACGCCACGCAAAUUCCACAUUAUUGGCAUGGUACAACACCCAAAUUGUCAUGUGAAAUUCACAAAUUUGAGAAAAUGUCUUUUUUGAACCAAGAAAUCGAAUAUACUUAUACACAUUCAAGCUGUAUGUUACUUUGAAUAAUUCACAAUCUAUUUUUUAUAGGUAAGGUCUGUUCACUUCAAGAUUCAUAGAAUUUUUUUCGAACAUCUUGUACAAUUCACACUGAGAUUGUGAAGAGGUCGUGCUUUUUGCUCGAGCAACUCUAGUCCUGAGAGCCAGGGCUGUCGUUCAUCUGCUUUUUUAAUGAACCCGAAGGUUCAGAAGAAGCAGGACCACACCUAUUAAAUGAGUUCGAGAGUUCCGCAUGCCUCAUAGGAUGGAUCAUUUUUUAUCAUUCUCUGAAUGCGAGAAUUUCAGCGUUGAGGUCACAGAUAAUAGCGUAUUAGAACUUUUAACAAUAGAUAUAAAAGAUAAUGACAGAUUCAUUGUUGACUGGUCCAAUUCUUUUGCGUGCAGCCAGAAGAACAAUCCAAUUUGAUGGAGGCAGUCAACAAGAUAUCUAUUUUCUCGCGGGUUAGUUUUCUCAGUAAUAUACGUCACAUUCAAGAUUUUUUUAAUGUUUUUAGUAUUCUCGAGAUUAAUUACAGUUCUCUCCAUAUUGUCUAGAUCAGAGUAGAGCUCAUCACUGUCCAUUAGUUUCUAUGGUAUUCUUCUAGAUACGUUCAUCAUCCCAGCUGGUAUUUCCUGGGAAUGAUUUGAUUUACAAUUCACAUCUCGACGAUUCAUUUGAAAACUGAGUCAAUUUGCGGUAAUAUGACUCCAUAUUCAUGUAAUGGCCACCUUCCGCUUGUGGUGGGACCAUGGGGUGUUUUACUUGGCUGGGUCCAGGUAGAUAAGGACUUGGGAAAUAUGAUAGCAAUCUAAUGUCAGAGCAAAUAAAAUUAUGAGUGUCAAGUUGAAUUGUCAUUGCACGGUAUCUCUGGUCUUUAUAGUAUAGGUGAUUUAUUUUUCUUUGUUGCAAUAGAAAUUUUGAAAACAUGACUACACCAAGAUUUGCCAUUUACAUCACGUCAUAUUUUUUUUGAUAAGUUCGAGUCGUGUAGUGUCAGGCAUUCAUUUACUGCAGCUCAUGGUACUGCACAUAUACUAUUACUAACAUUCCUCAGAGAAUAGUAAGUUUCAUUUUUCUAGAGACUUAACCAGGCUUAAAAACUCUUACUGAGAUGCUUGAAGGCGAUUUGGAAUUAUACAAUACAAAGUUGAAGGAUUCUGGCAUUCGAUUCUUUUUAUUUAUGACAGAUGCAACAAGAAAUGAGUUCAGCUGUUCUGCCUGCGGUUUUGGUUUCCUUACACUUCCAUUACACAUGCUCCACUAUGGAUUAAAAUUUCUGCAUUACAUUAUGCUCUUCAUGUCAAUUUCCUGCACUUCUUUUCCUCGGGGUUUUGGCUGUAAUCAUCGAGGGCUAAGAUGUGCGUCCCUAAUCUAGUUUAGUGAACUCUUGGGGACUUGAUCAAACACAUUCAUUGAAGAAACUUAGUCCCAGAAAUGGCUAAUCACAAAAGUCUCGGAACGUGAUUCAUGAAAAUUGAUCUUUAAAUGUUGCAAGGUCAGUCAUUUGCCAUUGAAUGUGAACCAAUCUCGCAUAUCCAACUCCCUAACAUUGUGACUAGGCACAGACUAUUUUCCAAUCCAUGUCAUAUGCUGCUUUGAUGUUGAAUUCAAAUCAAGGAAAAACAUAUUUUCCAUUAAGGGUCGUUUCUUCCAACUUUUCCGUGAAAUGGAACUUUUUCAUUGAGGCAGCUUAUGGUCAGCUUAUGAGUACUGAAUUCAAAUCCAGUACUCAUAAUGAUCAGCGCAGUUGUUUGUUAUCCAGUGCACAUUUUGCUAUUUAUUAAUUUCUGUUCUUCUUCCAUUGCCUGUCAACGUAGGGAAUGCUUCUUAUGUCCAGGCAUUUGAGUGGCCUUAUUCAAUUGGUAAGUAAAAAAAAUUCCUUAUCAAUGAGUAAGAAAAUUCAUCCUUUUAACUUUCGAUUCCUCAUAUAUAUUUUUUCUGGUCUAGGACCUGAAAAAUUGGACCGAGAGACAGAUAUCAAUGGAGCUGUUAAGACAACUAGAGGAUAAGUCAAAGUCUUUCUUCAUAUCAACAAUUGGUAAAUUUCACGAAAUUUUGAGGAAGUUUUAUUUAAUGUUAUGGUCCUAUAAAUGUGACUAUUACAAAAGGUCACUCUGCAGGUCAAAUGUCAAGCAAAUGAAAUUUAUUUACUUUGUUUUUGCAUUCCAAUUAGUAAAAUUCGGUGAGUUCUACUAAAUCCGAAUAUUAUAAGUAGCUGCUAAAAGCAAAUGAUGGUGUACAUGUUUUUCGAUAAAUGAUCCGAUUGAGCCACUUAAUUGCUCUAUUUUUUUUAUUAUGUUACAAGGACGACCAAAAGUAGUCUUAUCUUUUCAUUCUUUCCCUUCGUCUCCGUUCUCAUUGAUUUUGUGGAUCUGGACGUGGGCUAAUCUCGCAUCUUUUAAAAAUUGCCUGAUUUGCGUAGAUAUGAAUGUUAAGAAGAUGUUAUUGAGUCUGCAGCACAUGGUUUUGCCUGAUUACUGAUUGAAGAAUGAAAAGAGGAUGCUAGGUGAUGAAGAACGCUAGCAAAUGAUGUGAGAGAGAUGGACACGGGGAAAAAUUGUAGAAAUGAAGAGACGGAGAAAGCCCAGAACACCAAGAGAGACCACCGAAACUCUAGUUUGAGCGGUGGAGAGAAUCGUUUCUUCAGAGAAUUUUUUCUUGCUCGCAUGUUGAACUAGGGUUAGAUAUGCAUGUGUGUGUGUUUGUGUGUAUGUGUGCUUGUUUGUGUGGAUUUCAAAAAUGGUUCUGAGACAUUAGUGGACCUAAAAAUGGCUCUGAGAGUUAAAUAGGUUUAGUGGGCUUAGACAUCAAUGGGCCCAACUUAAAUGGAUCCGAGACUCUAAAUGAGAAAAUGGUAUUAGAUGGUUUUCAACACUAGGAAAAAGAGGAAACUUUUUCGCGACAUCAUUCUUCCUUUUUAUAAAUUCACUUACGUUUUAUCAUUCCACAAACACAUGACUUUCAAUGAGGUGAUUUGUCCUUUUCUUUAUUUUUAAGCUGUUUUUUUACUUUAAAACACUUCUCUUAGAUGGAUUGAACUUUGAAACUAACUCUACGAUAUCAAAUAGUGCAAAUGUUAACAAGAGGUUUCUCUCUUUCACUUGCUAGAAAAUUCUUCCUAGGUUUUGUACUUACUAUGCAUAAAUUUUCUUUUCAGCCUAGACUAGAGCUUUUUGGGCUUCCAUCAGUUUUAUCUUUUGUAUGUCCUUCUGAAAGGGUAGUCUAUAUGCAGUUUUUUCUCCUUCAGAGAGAGGGAAGUCUGUUUGAUCUAAUGCUUUAAUUUUUUUUAUUGUUUUUAUUGUUUUCUUCUACUAUUAACAUCAGUCUCAACGAGCUUCUUGGAAAUUGUAAUUGUACAAAUAUUUUAUAAGUGCAUGCAUGAUAAGGUAUUAUCCAUUUUUAAUAUAUCUGGCUGUAAAACAUUGUGUAGUAUCUUUUGCAGUUGAACCAGAAGAAUUUGAAGUGAACAUGAAGAAAUUGACUUCCUAUGUUCUUUCACAACAGCAUAUGAUGGAAUGCUCGCAGGUUAGCAAUAUGUGUCUUCACAUAGCAUCUUUUUUAGUGUUUUACAGGCAUUUUGCACAGUGAAUAUUUGUAUGAAUAGUGGAAAGGUGUUCUUAUCAUUAUUCCAUCAGCUGAGAGUCUUUAGGACAGAAAAGAAAAUGAUAUGUAAUGAUGUGUUUUGUCGAUUACGUACAAUGGAUGCACAGUAGCAGGAACUUUGAAAUUUCUUCAGUUAAUGCACUAAUGAGCGAGUAAGAAAUGUCCCCCAUUUAUUGUUCCCUCUACUGCAACAUGAAUACAUUGAGCACGCCGCAGUAAAGAUAUCUCAUCGGAAGUAUAUUAUGGCCCUUAGAAAUUACUGAAGUUCGUAAAAUUAUGUUCCUUAUGCUAACGUCUAAUAUAUGAAUAAUAGACCCAGGAAUGUCAAUAGAUUUGUUAUCUUAAUUGAACAGACUUCAUAGCAAUAUUUGACGAAAGUGUGAGAAUGGACUUCGCACUAAGUUAUUUUAUAAACGAGGAGGUUCAAACUUCAUAGAUAUUGAUUUACCUACUAACUUUACCAAAUUGGAAACGUUUUGCUACCAUUCAACCUCUUACAAAAUUAAUCUUACCUAAGCCAGUAAUGUCAUUAGGUAAUGACAGAAAUAGUGGACAAGAUAGCGGCUCCGACCAUCGUUCACCUACCUGCUAGUGCCAUCAUGAGUAAACCCUUGUUCGUUGUAUAUCCUGUGGUGCAGGGGAAAUUUCAAUCCAAGUGUUGUAUUGUUCUCUACUACUACACAUAGUGGAAUGUUUAACUGAAAAGCAAGUGCCAUAGUUUCCUAUAUGUUAGUCUCGCAAUGAUUUCUCUCCUCACUGUCAUAUAAUUAAAUCAUUUGCCUUUUUUCUCAUAACAUUAAUAUCAUUUUUUACUUUUGACAGGAUUUUCUUCACAUACGCGGGAAUCAAAUUUGGAAUGAAGUAUUAUCUGACUUUUUGAAGGAUUCUGCUCAACAGGUACUGUAAAGAAACUACAUAAUUGUAUUUCCCUUUGCUGAAAUUCGUCAUUAUUCACUGGCAUGCUUUAUCUUUCAUAGGAAGCUGAUAGUUUUCUAAGAAGAUCACAAGGUUCAAUUUUCACGCAGAAAUUGAAUGACCUCUCUAGAGCACAGACAUUACUUGGUAUUUUUUUCAUACUUAAUAUUUUUUUCUCUUCAUAAAAGGUAUUCUCUUCCUUUCUUGGGAAAUUCUUUCAUGAAAAAUAGUAAUUGUAAUUAUAUCGUAAGCAGGUGUACAUUAAACUUGAAGGAUCUGCAGAAAAUGCUAGAAAUGUUAUCAGCUUCUACAACAAAGGAUUAAGUUGCAUCUAUUUGUAACUAAAAAUGGUACAAAUAUAUCCUAAAAUUAUAUUAAAAUGUUAUUUUAUUGUUAAAUACUUUAAUAGUGAAGAAUCAAGCACUGGUGAAUAACUCUCGAUGACUGGAGUUGAAUUUUCUUUUUAUAUUUGUGAUUAUUCUAAAAAGUUUCCACAUAUUCAUGGUGUCAAAAACGUCAACACAGUUGAGAGACAACCUAAGAGCGUGAAAUAAUUCUCAAAUAGCAUGUUAAAACAAUGGGCUAUCUUACUCAAAAAUAGUUUUAAAAGAGAGUAGACAGAAGAUCUGUAUAGUUUAUCUCAAUAUUUACUCUCUUUCAGUGUGGAGUCAUUCUAAUGGAAAAAUUCGGGCAUCAAUAUGGCAUUAAGGAUAGUCAGAGUGAAGUUAUCCAUCGUACUUGAUUUCAAGGUUUCUGAGUCAAACUCGCCGUCAAGCUGGCUUAAGCUUUCUUUUGAAGGUUUACGUUUGGUCAUAACUUAUUCUCUAGUUUAAAUGAGCAAGACAUGAAAUCCAUUUGAAAUUUCAUAAAAUGACAUAAUACCAUGCAGUGGAAUCCAUCAGCAAUUAGUUUUAAAUCAUUUUUUUCAGAAAAUUAGUGUUUAUUGCACUGUACCAAAAAAACCCGCUUAUUUAAUAGCAUACAAAAGGAUGGCAUUCACCUACCACCUUAAUAAUGGAGCCAUGUAAGCAAGACGAAGUGGGAUGCCAAUUUGAAGUACACUUUUCUUUCCCUGUCAUUAUCGCUUUUUAUGUCUUCUUUCCAACUUCUCAGGACGGCUGCUACAUCAAAUACUACAUUUGACAAAUCCCUCCAGGUCCAUGUUUAUAGAGCCUAUGAGUGGCUGGUAAAUAGCUUCAUAUGAAUAGUAGCAUUAUACUAUUAGUGGACAUUAAGCUUACUUUCCUCCAUCUUUCUGUCAUAUCCUAUUGCAUGGUUCAGCCAAAUUACUAAAGCUGUUUUUUUCUACACUGAUGAACAAUUUUUUUUUCCAGGUUUAAUUUGGAAGGGCAUCAGCUGUUUGGAUUGCAUUUUUUUAAUUUACUUGAAUUCUGGUAUAUUUCUGAAAAACUCUCAUUUUCUGUUCCUCACAGACAAGUUUCUGUAACCAAUACUAGAAUGCCAGUAAUGCUGCUUUUGAUCCUCAUAAAAUUUGAUUUGUAUUUUUUUUAAUCUUUCUGUGGCCGCUAAGAAAUGAGAUGAGGGACCCCUAUUUCGAGUCAUAAUAAUUAGGGCAUUGAGAGAUUUAUCUGACAAGAGAAAGACCUUUAUUGAAAAACUUUCUCCAAGCAUUUUAGUUGUCUUCACUUACCACCUGCUGAUUUCCUUAAGGCUUAUUUUUGCAGUUUAGGGACUGCCGGAUUGACAAACUUGGAUUCAUUACUGUAUUGUGCCAUCAAGGUGAAUUUGGAAAAUAUAUUAAAUGGCGUAAUAAAUGUGGUAAGGUUCAGAACGUUCUGGUACUCUUUUAUAUCCCACAUGUCUGUUUCUGUUCAUGGCGAAGAUAUAUUUUAAGUAUCCAUUCAGAGGAAAAUAUUUACAGAGCUGUCAAAUUAGGUGUGAUGAUGACAGAAGACAAAUGGGGGUUUAAUGGGAAUGCUUCUUGUCACUGAUAUCCAAUUACUUGUUUGUUUACUUUUUUUAUCAAAGCUCUUUGAGAUCUAUAUUUUGGUUUUGAAGCAGAAGUUAUCGUCCUGCUUUACCAGGCGAAUAAUAUUGAAUGAAGUAGUUCACUAUGUAAUAUUCCUCAUUAGAUUUUUGGCAUCUCAAUGUAGUAAGUUUUCAUGCGACCCAAAAUGAUCUUGAGCUGUUAGAAAAUAUUCUGUAUUGUUUUAGAUUUUGAUUACUUGUAAUUUGUUAUUCAUUUUAUUUGUCUUGCAAUUGGACGUGCUUCAGAGUAUUUCGAGUAUGAAGCGAAUGUAUGGAAGCCAAUCUGUGAUCUUAAUUUUAAAUCGAAACCAUAUCUUAAACGAUUGAUCAGUCGUCAUAUUUUUAUCCUGUAACUUUCAAAUGUUGUUUAAGCCAAAUUCAAAUUGUUAGUACUGAAAUUUUCUAUGUUUUAGUGCAGUUAAAUCAGAAAAACAUGGAAGAACUAUGCAAGUUGGAUAAAGCACUGGGUCCUGCUGUAUCAUUGCCUUUAUUGGGAUGGUUGCCAUACCAGCCGAUGGUAUGCAUUUGUUGAUUUCUUUGAUUUGUAAUUUUCAUCCUUAUUGGGGAAGUCUAUCUUAAAUUCUCGCAGAGUUUUUUUUUCUGUAAUCGACUUGCUUUCUGAUGUUCACAUUUGGAUUGAGAUAAUUCAGUUGAUGUCGAAGGAAUUGAUGAGAACAGAUCCAGAGUUUAGUGGCUUGUUAUGAGAACCAGUAACUAAUGAGAAAGUUAAAACAAUCUAGUUGAAAGAUUUUUUAAACAAAAUGCAACUAUAUCAGAUGCUUAUGAUCCUUCCACAUCCAUAGAAAUUUUAAGUUCCAAUAUGUUUUCUAAACUUCUUAAGAAAAUUCUAUUAGAUUUUGAAGACCCAAGAACUGGCCAUAAAUGGUUAAUUCGAAAAUAUGGAGCAUGUUGGAAGUAAAAAAUGCGCCUCACCAGAAUGGAACAAAGUUUUAAAAUGAUUUUUGCGUUUUGAAUUUGUGGAACCCAUGUUUAAACCAUCGUUUUCUUAUUCUUUUAUACCCUAAAAUCUAUCGAUAACCAAUGCCAAAAUUUUCGAUUCCAAUGUCUAAUUUUUAUAGAUUUUUCACUUGAUAUUUUCUAUGAAAUGGACGCUGAUAUAUGGCUAGUAGUCGACACUUUAGAGCUGUAGAUUCAACACAUGUUUGGGAGUUAACACCCAACUUAGGGGUCAAUCAUUAUAUUUCACGACUUCCACACUCAAAUGCAAUCGUUACCCCUCAAGGAUCAACACUUUCGGUUCAAAGGUUGACAUUUGUGAUUUAUGGCAUCUAUUUUACUCUCAGGUUCAAUGCUUUGGUCUUGGAGGUUGACACCUUGAAUUCGUGAUUUGAUCCUUGUACUUUUAAGCAUCUAUUUUAUCUCUUAGAUGUCGACCCUUGGUGGUUCAAUUUUUUUACGUAUAAACCAGUUUAUUUCUUAUAUAUAUGGUCCUGUAAAUUUUGAAGAUCAAUACCUGUCCUACUGCCAUAAUGUUUUUGACAAUCUUGGCAAGCAUGACUCAGAUAUUUUUUCCUUAAUCUCAUGCAAAAGAUCAACACAAAUAAGUAUAAAUAUUAUUUUUUUUAAUCAUCAAAAUCAGAUUAAGUUUGACUGAUUCUUGACUCAUAUAUUUAUACCAUGAAAUUAUUUAAUUGUUAUCAAAAUGUGAAGCUUUCAAUAAACUUCAUGGCGAGGUAAGCUACACUUACCAAGUCUUUCUCAAGCAGAAAGUGAAAAACUGCCAAUUCUAAAUUUACACACUCCAAUGUGUGUUCUUUUUUUUUAAAAUUAACCCUUGUCACUUAUCUCGCACCAUGUAUCUCCCUUUUUAGAACACGGGACAGAGGAGGAGAGGAAAUAACAGAUGGAUCCAUAAAAUGUGGGAAAGAAUGGAGAUUUACUAUUCUCAUUUUGAAAACUUAUUUGUUUCCUUCUUUUGAUCAUUCUUAUUUGGAUAGAGUUGAAUACUAUAAUUCAGAACCAAUUAUAUUCUAUUGUUGCCUUUUUCUGUUCAGAGUUGCUUUAUUGUGGGAAGUUCAUAUAUAGAAGCCCUGCGAUUUCACUAAAGGAAGGGCAUUACAACUCAUUCAUGUUGUCCGGUUCUCUCCUAGUGCUCUCUCUUCUUGUCAGGAGUCACUUGGGAGGUGCACCUAGGAAAACACAUCCUAUCCACCCCUCUGCAAUUGUCAUACACCGAAGAAGCAAAAGACUAAAGUUUAUCCUUGAAAGUUUUGAAGUUUAUAAGGACUCUCAAAUCACACUUCUUGUGGAAGGAAUAAGAAGGUUGACGACAGUUUUGGCAGUGCUGGUGAAUAAGGUCUUGGAAACAUUUAUUCAUUCAAAUUCUUAGAAUGGUUAAUUGUGAGGAUUGAACGCAGAAUCCCUAACUUCGAUAUUAAUGCUUCCACCACCUUAAUUCGCAAGUAAAAAAAAAUAUGUACAUCUCAUAUAUUCUAAAUUGUGUAUUUUGCAAGGGAAGUUGGGAGCUGUGGAACAAAAAAGUAAGAACUAAAGUUAAGUUUCUUUUCUAAUGAUCAAUUAAAUUUCUUCUUUAUAGUUGAAGAGUUUCAGUACAUCGUGUCAGCCGUGGGCCGAGUCUCUGGCGACAGUUGGUCAGCUGCAAUUACUUCGCCACAUGAUUUCCUUGAAGUUGAAUUCAUCUUGUAAGGUAAAUUAAUUUUUCCAUGAUAAUAUCAUCUUUCGGAAUGAUUUAUGUCCUAUUUGCUAUUUGUCUUCCCCAGAGCUCCAAUGAUGAAUGGGUGUUGCCUUUUUUGAGAAUGAUUUCAGUUGUUCUCCUUUUCUCUCUCCAUAAUUAAAAAAAUUGUCACGGUUCCUUCUGUGUAUUGUGAUUUUCUUUCUUCUUUUCACAGCAUAGAAAUGUUGAAACUAGUUCCCAUUCCAAUUGGAUUCUAUACGCUAACAUUUAUUCGCUGUUGUGGUCAGCUUCACUUUCGUGCUACACAGAAAAUAAGCAUUCACUAACAUUACUGAAUAACAUGGUAGUUGAAAGAGAGAAGGUAACCUAUCAUAUAUAAAAAAUAGAAAUCCAGUCAGUUAAGAAGCUUGAACACUGUGGAAGAAAAAUUUAACCGAUUUCAAUCAUGCCUGAUCUGAUUUCAAGGAAGAGUAUCCUAUUCCUUGAAACUGAGGAAGAGCAAAGAAAGAGCCAAUAAUCAGACGGCCUCCUUUCUUACAUGAGUCAGUCUCUGACAAAUCAUGUCUUUAAUUUCUAACAGAAGAAAAACAGUGGAGUCACUGUUCUCAGAUCUGUGACCAAUCACUCAUGGCCAUAUCUGCUGUUCCAACCCACCUGCCUCCUUUCCCCUCUCUGAAGAUUGGGUUUUGGACCUGAUUAUCUUGAGGAAAAUGGUGGGGGUCACACAGGACCGCUCUUCUUGCAAUUCAAGAGGCAGGUAAAUGAUUUACGUACAUCAGCUUUUUCAAACUCCCACCUCAGGAAAAUGGUGGCGUUUCAAGUUCCUUGGAGACACUAUAGUCGGCCAACAUUACAUAUAACACAGCCAUCAGCUAAUCCAGUAAUUUGGUUGGCUUUAGGUGAUCUACUGAGUCAACUGACAUAAGAUAAAAAACCGUUAACACAAGGAUGUUUUUACAAUUUGUGUAGGUAUGUUCGUAAUUUUACAUGCGAUGGUUUUUAGGUUUUGUUAGACAGCCUGCCGUAUUCACGGGCCCUCACACUUUCAAAUGCUAAGUUUUUACCAAUUCAUUAGGGAGAAUAUGGACACCCGUGCGGUGGCUGUCGUGAGCAAGCAUGUCCAUAGUACGUGACUCGAUAUGACUUUUUUUUCCUCUUAUUUUCGUUUUACUCUGGUGGCUAAUGGCAUUUUCCUUGCCCCUUCUCUUCCUUGGUUUCUCCUACACUUAUCUUCUCUCUCAAAUUUGAGCAUAAUCAUUGUAAAGGAUAGCGGCGGUAGGCAUCCAAACUGAGCUUUUGUAACAAUCAAAAAGAGAGACGAUAACAGCUGAGAGUUGUCCAUUGUUGUCCUUCUUCCUAUGCUUCUGACAGGGAGAGGGCGUGCAGAUGAUAUAACAAACUGAAGUGAGGUGUAUUUCUCUUCUCAUUCCCCACUUCUUCCUCUCACACUAUAGAAUUGGUGUGUUAAACGGGUGGGGGCUCUGGCAAGUCACCCUAAAAAAUUCACAUGUCGUAACACUGGCACUCUCUUGAGGAAAUCAAGUUUUAUGUCUAGUGUUAUUUUAGUAGUUUCCUCUAAAAAAGUUCAAUGAUUGCAUUUUCUGGAUAAAUCGUGUGAAGAAUUGAGGUUUCCUGUGGUAGUAUUAUGUUUUUUUUUCUUGAAUAACGUACUGCCUCUUUAAGAAGAAAAUAAAUCAGGCUCAUUGUAUAAGCUUCUGCAUAAAUCUAAAUAUCAAACCAAUCCUGAAGUUCUAUUUCAGAAAUAUCUUAUAGUUUCGUAUUGCAUGGAAUCUGGAAAGGAUAAUACGGGAACUCUUUUUCCAGGUGAUGAAUAAUGAAGGAACGAUUUUUGGCCGUCAGUCUCCCUUUAGCAACAUCUACAUGUGCAAAGAUUCUCCUCCUUUCUUAUGCAGAUGUAUGUCCAUUAUAACAAUAUCACAGGUAACUUAGCUACUCUUGAGUAUUUAUUAGCUUUAAACGAAAUCUACGAACAGAAAUCCUAUGUUUCUGUGGUUGUUACAAUUUGGUUAUGAAAUUCCUUCUUCCGCAUACGUUCUUCAUUAUGUAACAACUCUUUGGUAAGUCAGUUAACUGGAAGAAAGAAUCUAAUUCACUGCUACCUUUCUCCUUGGUGAUAGAAUCUACUAAAUAAUUGUGUAACAACCACUCUUGAGAUAUAUUACAUAGAAAUAGAAUAUAAUCAACGGGAUGUUUUGUCCUUUAUUAAUGAGGUUAUGUAAUCAGGCUAUUCAAAUACCCAAAACUUCUAAGCUUCAGAAAUUUUACAAUUUAUAUUUGGUAAAAUUUUGAAGGCAUCUAUACUAGUUUUUAAUGAUGAUGGUAAACCCAGUAUAUCUGAGUAAUUUUUAGAACACGUGCAUGGUUUUCGGCUGUGGGCAAGUUAAUAUUUCUAGACUAAAGCCUAAAAAAUGUGAGACUUCACAUCCAUAGAGCUGAACAUUGACCAUACACGUUCGAAUUGAUUGUCUGUCUUCCAUGUCUUUUCCAGAAGAAGAGUGAAAGAGCUUGGGAUGGAGAAAAUAAAGAUGUGAAAUUGGCUAUCUUGAGGAGAUUGGCAAUAAGUUUCAUGUUGAUAUAUGAAAUUAGUUUUCUUUCUCUUGUGCAUUUAUCAUCUAUUAGUAUAACCAACUGUCUUAAUUGAGAUUUCUGCAAACCCUGCAUGCAGGAUUUAAUAUCUGGAGUCCGAUGAUGUCCAUCAUGUCAAAUGUGAUUAUUAUUUUCCAAUUGUUUAACAUACAAAAAUGAUCGAUUUGUUGCAAUGUGUUCAUGUUUGCAGCUGUCUCAGUAUGUAUUUGAUCCUCAUUUGGGCACCUUAAUAUGCCAAAUGAAGAAAGCAACCGAUUUCUCACCCAUGGUAAGUGCUUACCAAAUCUGUUGUUUUUUGAGUUUAUAAUAUGGUUGACAAAAAUUAUUCACAAUGCCUCUGUUCAUUAAGUUUUUUGUUAGAAAUUUAAUAAAUAAAAGAUUUAUAAGAGAAUAAAAGAUUUUGAAAACAAUGUUGAAAAUGCGAAGCGACUUUAGUUUCAAAAUAUUAGCAGAUCCAAAUAUGUGAACCAGAAUCGGAAAAGAGUGUACACUUUUUCAAUGCCAUUACUAAUAUAAAAUAGAGACUGUGGCCCCUGCAAGUAAUGCAUAAAAAAGUUUUAUCUGCCUGGGAAAUCCGCCAUUGCCACUCUUCCCUGUUAUAGCUCCUGAUGACAUUUCCGAUAAAUAUUCGUCGGGAAUUCAGAUAUUCUGGUUUUCUUUUGAUGCAACGAAUUGUUCUUUUGGCUGGCCUUCAGCUAUCAGGUAGAAAGUUUUUCAUUCCGAUUUGACUUUGGCAAUCAAUUUAACAGGAUCUGAUGCACUGAAUUUAUAGUUUCAACUGCCACUUCUAAAUAAAAAAAAUUCCAGAUUCGAUGGUUUUUCCCAAAAGAAAUCAUCGUCAACUGAGAAAACAAAAAUUCUUUUUUUGAAAGUCGAUAUCUCUUUGAUUCAAUUAUACGAUUGAGAUGCUGCAGUAAAUGAGCCUUCAACCCUGGUCGAAAUUAGUAUAGUCUACGAGAACCUAGUUUGCUAAGGCAUCAGAAGAACUACGAAAAUCUUAUCCACUGCUAGGUUACUAAACGCUGUGGUCCAGUGGGAUAACCCAAACCAAAAUAUUACUGCAAAAAGAUGGAACUUUUUGAGAAACUAAAACCAAAGCUUUGAAAAUGGUUGUCCAUCGUGUCAAGUCUUCCCUUUCUUCUUAUCUCUGCUUAGCUUAUUAUCUUACUUCUUUUUUUUUUUCGAUUCCAUCCCUUCUUACUGGUUUUUUUAUUCUCUUAUAUCUAAUCGUGACUGCUGAAAGGAUUCAACAAAAUUAGUUCUGGCAUUUUCUGAAAUAGUUCCUCUAGAUUUUCAUAUGCAUUGAAGAAUACUGUCGAUUGAGCUCAUUGAAAAAGAUCAUCCUACAGUCAAAGAUGUUUGAUGAAAAUAAUCAUUCUCAUCAAACAUCUUUCUGCCUGUGAUUUUUAACACUUUCAAGAAAUUAAAAUCAUUUUCCUCCCUUCAGAUCAUAGGGCUCGGGACAUUCAUUAAUCAGUUUCACAGCACACAUAUGGGGGAGUACCUUCAGGUAGCGUUCUUUCAUAUAAGUUGAUGGCAUAUAUCCCCUUUCUGCAAGUUUCUGGUUUGAAGGAAAUUAAAAUUGUUGUUUCACGCCCUUUUUACAUGGGCCAUGCAGUACAUGGGCCAAUAUGUACGAACAAUAGCAGGAACUGCUGGGAUUUCAUCUGAGCCUGCCAUCGAUCCAGAAUCUGAGGUUGGUAAACAGUAAGCAGUGGGCAUCUUCAUCCUUGCACUCUCUAUCAUUGACUUUUCAUCUCUAUCUUUUCCAGGUGACUAAAUCAACAUUCUGGCUGAUGAACUUCUGUAAGCACAUGGAAAUCCCGAAGGAUAUGUUGGAUACCUGCCUGCCACCUUCUCUCUUUCCAGUACUCCAGACUUGA